CGACACGCGACAUCCAAGUUUUGCUCACUCUCGCAAACAUCCUCGAUGGUCUCUCGUACUGUGUCGGCAUCGCUCAGGCGUAUUGUAAAAGGCGCUGCGCGCCCCCAUGCGCGUUCACUCCGCCCAUUCGCAACUGCCGCACCUCUUCCUUCACCAACAACUCAGGUCUCCACCCUUUCUAAUGGCCUGACCGUUGCCACCGAGUCGCACCCGCACGCUCAGACCGCGACUGUUGGUGUCUGGAUUGACGCCGGUUCGCGUGCAGAGACCGACAAGACGAACGGUACUGCCCACUUCCUUGAACACAUGGCGUUCAAGGGAACUGGCAAGCGUUCCCAACACUCCCUUGAGCUCGAGGUUGAGAACCUCGGUGCCCACCUCAACGCAUAUACCUCGCGCGAACAGACGGUCUACUACGCCAAGUCGUUCCGCAAGGAUGUCCCCAACUCCGUGGAGAUCAUCUCGGACAUCCUUCAGAACUCCAAGCUUGAGGAGCCUGCUGUCGAGCGGGAACGCGAUGUCAUCCUCCGUGAACAGCAGGAGGUUGACAAGCAGAUGGAGGAGGUUGUGUUUGAUCACCUCCACGCUGUCGCUUUCCGUGGCCAGCCUCUUGGACGCACCAUCCUUGGGCCGCGGAAGAACAUCCUGUCUAUUAAGCGGGAUGACCUUUCCUCGUACAUCAAGACCAACUACACCGCUGACCGGAUGGUUCUCGUUGGUGCUGGUGGCAUCGCUCACGAGGAGCUCGUCGAGCUUGCCUCGAAGCACUUCUCUUCCCUCCCUGUCUCUCCUUCUCCCAUCCCUCUUGGCCGUGCGUCGCACCCCAAGCCUAACUUCGUCGGCUCCGAGUUCCGCCUCCGUGACGACGACGUUCCUUGUGCCCACAUCGCGAUUGCCGUUGAGGGUGUCAGCUGGUCUUCGCCUGACUACUUCCCCAUGCUCGUCAUGCAGUCCAUUAUGGGCAACUGGGACCGUGCUCUCGGCGCGUCGCCGCUCCUCAGCUCACGUCUCUCGCACAUCAUCUCGUCGAACAACCUUGCCAACAGCUUCAUGUCGUUCUCGACGUCGUACUCCGACACUGGUCUUUGGGGUAUCUACCUUAUCAGCGAGAACCUCAUGAACCUUGACGACUUGACACACUUCACGCUCAAGGAGUGGGCACGCAUGUCGAUUGCCCCGACGGCGGUUGAGGUCGAGCGCGCCAAGAGCCAGCUCAAGGCGGGUCUUCUCCUCGGUCUCGACGGCACCACCGCCAUUGCGGAGGACAUUGGUCGCCAGAUCGUCACCACUGGCCGUCGGAUGAACCCGGCUCAGAUCGAGCGCGCUAUCGACGUUAUUACGCCCGAGGAGAUCAAGCGCGUCGCACAGAAGUACGUCUGGGACAAGGACUUCUCUCUGGCCGCCAUGGGCCCGAUCGAGGGUCUCCUCGACUACAACCGCAUCCGUGCGGACAUGUCCUCGCUUACCUACUAGAUGCCGAUGCGACGCCGGAUAGAUAGAGCCUUCGAAGCUUAGAGCCUAGAGCCCUUUAGGUGUCGUAAUUCCCGAGCUGCAUCCGAUUGACAUCGCGGUACGAUGGACGGCUGGCAUAAUACUGCGUCGUGUUUUUAUUUUGCGUAGAUCAGGAAUUGAAAAGCUGUCUAAUUCCAC